AUGACGCAGACGAGCAGCAACGCUGCCGAGGCGACCUCGAGGACCGACACGGUCGCACCUGGCACCCACACGGUACGUCGAGCGUCAACGGAAAUCGACAUUGAUGCCUCAGCCAGCGAAGCUUCGAGCGGUGAAGAUGCAGAAAAGAAGGCGAUCGAAGCUCGAACGGAAGAAGAAAUCCAAAGGGAGCACUUGAGCGUCAUUGCAGCCCUGGCGAGGGAGCCUGAUGCCAAGCGCGAAGAUCUGGCAAGGGUGGCCGGAAAUGCUCAUGAUGUGACCGCUGCCAAAGAGGAUGAGACGACCAUCUCACAAUUGCUUUCGGCCUUUGGUAUUGGCAAUAAGAACAAACCCAAGCCCAACCCUGAAGACAUUGCCACUCAGCCAUCCGUGUAUGACGAUCCGAAUCUUUCGAAAUUCUUCACCCCCACUAAAGGGUACGAGAACCUCCACCGAUUCGACCCCUCGUUCACUUGGACCAAGGGUGAAGAAUCUCGCUUGAUUAAACGUUUGGAUUGGAGAAUCACCGCAUGGGCCUGUCUUGCAUUCUUUGCUCUGGACCUCGGUAGAGGCAACCUCUCGCAAGCCAACACGGACAACUUCAUUCCUGACCUCGGAAUGAGAAGGAACGAUUACAACUUGGGAAAUACGAUUUACCAGGUGUCGUUCCUGCUCGCUGAGAUUCCAAGUCAGAUGAUCAGCAAGAGACUGGGAGCUGAUCGCUGGAUACCUUUCAUCAUGGUGAGUCGCGAACUUCAUGCCCAGACUCCAGUGGUCCAGUCACUCACGCUAUUCCUCUUGCAAGCGUAGAUUGCGUGGAGCAUUGUCUCUGGAGCUCAAUUCUUCUUGUCGGGCCGCACUAGCUUCCUCGUCACUCGCUGCCUUCUUGGCUUGCUUCAAGGGUGAGCUGAAGCAGCUACGUCAGGCAAUCUCUCGACGACGCUAACGAGGCCACUUGACUUUCGUGCAGAGGUUUCAUUCCCGAAGCCGUCCUAUACCUGGUGAGCCGUUUGUGCCUCGAAAGUGCAACGAGGAAUGCUUUCCGUGGACAGUAUCUGACUAUUGCCAACUACACUCAGACUUACUUCUUCAAAACCGCCGAGCUGCCACUGCGAUUGGCCAUUUUCUGGGCCAUGCGACGUGUCGCAGAUAUCGUGGCUCCAUUGCUUGCGCUCGGCUUGCUCCAAAUGCGAGGAGUAUUGGGAUAUGAAGGAUGGAGAUGGCUGUUCCGUAAGUCGCUUCUAUGCCACGGUCUCGACCAGCUCUUGCUGACUUUGCACCGUGCUCGCUGAUGUCUCGCUAGUGAUGGAGGGCAUCAUCAUGCUUAUCAUUGGUAUCUACUCGGCAUGCACCAUGGUCGCGUCUGCUACGCAGACGAAGAACAAGUUUCUCAGACCGAAUGGAUGGUUCAACGAACAAGAAGAAAAGGUUCUCGUAAUGAGAGUUUUGCGGGAUGAUCCCAGCAAAGGUGAGCAGCUCCAGUGCAGCAAGGUCCAAGCCGCGUAGCCACCACUGAUGCCGAUUGCGCAUCCGACAGGUGACUUACAUAACCGUCAACCCGUCACACCGAAGAUGCUCUUGAAGGCCCUAUCGGACUGGCACAUGUGGCCGCUGUAUGUCUGUGGUUUGAUCUGGGAGAUGCCCGCUGGACCUCCAGACCAAUAGUGAGUCCAAGCUUCGAUGAUAGCUAGUGUCCAACUCUUGUAAUGACCUCCUAUGCCGUAAAUUUUGGCUGUCAGCUUCACGCUCAUCCUGACCGAUCUCGGCUUCGACACGAACGAAUCCAAUCUGCUAUCCAUUCCACCUCAAGUCGGCGCCAUCUUGAGCAUGUUCUUCUUCACCUACAUUUCCAUCGUCCUAUCGCGCAAAGCGUUCGUGGCUGUGUGGACCCAAAUUUGGAUGCUUCCGUGCUUGGUCGCCCUUGCGACCCUGCCAACAGGCGCCAAUCCUUGGAGCAAAUUCGCCAUUCUCACCGUGCUGCUCAGCUUCCCCAGCCCUCAUCCAGUGCAUGUCGGGUGGUGCAGCCAGAACUCUAAUAGUGUCAGAACUCGAGCUAUCAGCGCUUGCGUCUGUGAGUAUCAGAACGUCUGACAUGCUCAAGAUCGUCCGCGCGGCAUCUGACUCUCUCCGUAUAUUUCUCAGACAACAUGAUGACCCAGCUCGGUCGUGUCAUUUACAGCAACAUUUAUAGAGAGGACGACGAGCCAGAGUAUCGCCGUGGUAAUCGUACAUUGGUGGCCAUCUGCUCCAUGAAUAUCUGGUGAGUGACGUUUCAAAUGCUUCUAUCUCCUCGAUGAAGACCUCGUGGUCCGCCACUUACGCCUUCCUAAUUCUGUUUCCGCUCAGCAUCUAUGCCCUAAUCUCGCUAUUCUACACUCUGGUCAAUCGACACAGGUCGAGGAAGUGGGAUGCGAUGACCAAGGAAGAGCAGCUGGAAUACAUGUCACGCGCUGACGGCAAAGCUCUGGGUAACAAGCGACUCGACUUUAGAUUUGCAUGGUAA